AUCAAAACUUUUACAUCUCACCUAUCGAAAUUAACUAUACCUGAGCGAUUUUUUAUGGAAUACCAAGGGUCCGAUUUUCAGCCUAUCAAUGCUCAAAUGUUGUACCAGACAUUUGUUAACGAACCCCCGGCUUGUAUGUUCUCCAUAUCUCCCGAAUCUUCCCCAGAGGCCGGGGCAACCCAUAUGUACGACAACAAGGAAAAUGCCCGGGGGAUGAUGUGCAAGAGACGACUGGAUUUCGGCCCCCAACAGACUGAUUACCUAGGGCUGCACAAACCACCAACUGUUGCUGUGGCGAGGCGCAACGAACGAGAGAGGAACCGCGUAAAACUCAUCAACAUGACUUUUGCAACUCUACGAGAACACAUACCGGCGGGAGCGAAGUGUGGAAAAGGCAAAAAACUCAGUAAAGUAGACACCCUAAAGGCGGCCAUUGACUACAUCCGGUAUCUGCAGACGCUGGUUGACGAACAUGAUGCUGUUAACGCGGUCCUUGACAACAACUGCCUUCCGAAGUCCUCCCCCGGGGCUGCGCCUCCUCCGUCCCCCACCGCCAGUUCCCCCAACCCCAGUGUGUGCUCCGAGACCUCCCACGAGAACAUGAGUCUGAGUACCGAGGAGGAGGAACUGCUAGACUUCACCAACUGGUUCUAAGGCCGCUCCAUCGAAAGAGGCUUAAAAUCAACAUUCCAUGAUUGGAUAAAAAAACGAAAGGUGCACGCGCUUGGCGUUACGUUCCCUGCCAACGUAGCCCCGCCUCCAAGACACGCCCUAGCGACAACGCCAGGUGCAAAGGAGGUGUUACCUAUGAUUGACAGGUGGUUGAAUAGCACAACACGAGCUCUUGGACUACACGCGAGUGAUCGGGAACAAAUAAGUCUUUCAAACGCGGAAAAAGAUACUGCUUUUCUUCAAGAUGACGAAUGAUGGUGACAAAAAUAUGCAAAUGAGGCAAAGAUGAAAAUAAACUUGAAUUUUUAAUUAUGUUUUAUUGAUAUAUUGAGAAGAAUUAUUAUUUUUAUACAAUCAAAUUUGAAUCAGAUUUAUUGUAUUGCUUAUUGAAUAUAUAUAUUUAUAAUUUUAU